UUUGCAGUCUUCCUCACGUGGGAAGGAUUUGAAAAUGGCAGCAGCGAGAGUUUUGGUUUAUGGCGGAAAAGGAGCUCUCGGAGCAACCUGUGUGUCCUAUUUUAAAUCCAAAGAUUGGUGGGUAGCUUCAAUUGAUUUGUCUCCUAAUGAAGAGGCACAUGCCAAUGUUGUUGUGACCAAGACAGACUCCUGGACUGAACAGAAUCAAGAGAUCCAGCCUAAGGUUGAGGAGCUUCUUGAUGGUAACAAAUUUGAUGCAAUAAUAUGUGUUGCCGGAGGAUGGGCUGGUGGAAGUGCCAAAAGCAAAGCUGUUAUUAAGAAUGCUGACUUGAUGUUUAAGCAGAGUGUGUGGACAUCUCUUAUUGCUGCCAGUAUUGCAUCCAAACACUUGAAGGAGAAUGGUUUGUUGAGUCUAACAGGUGCCCAGCCCUCCCUGGGUGGUACACCAGGAAUGUUGGGUUAUGGUAUGGCCAAGGCUGCAGUUCACCAGUUAGUUAAAGGACUUGCAGCAGAGAAUGGAGGUCUUCCAGCUGCUGCAUCAGUUCUAGCCAUUUUACCUAUGACGUUGGACACACCUGGUAACAGAAAAGGUAUGCGUGAUGCUGAUCAUACUCAGUGGACACCCCUGGAGUAUGUUGCAAACUUGUUAUUUGAGUGGGCCCAAGGUAGCAAAGUUCCAGCUCGAGGAAGCUUGGUUAAACUGAACACGAAGGAUGGAAACUCUUCAUACGAAAUUCACACUGGUGAACUUCUGUGACUGGACUAAACAACCUGUGUGUGUGAUUUGAUCGACACUCUCAGAUUCGUAGGACUAGGAAAACGUCUAUCUGUAACAAGAACUGUUGUUAUAUAAAGAUACCAUGAUCUGUUAUGAGAACAAAGAUUUACCGUUUAAUACAGAGAAAAUAGCCAUGCUAUACUAGGGAAAAUUUCAUAAUCAUGGCGGUGUUAAAGACGAGAACCUUUUCCACUUGAGUUAAUGAAUGUUCAGAGGAAUAGGUUGACCUAACAUUUGGAUGUUAAUGUAUGAAUUAGGUUCUUAAUUUCACUUAACUGGUAAAUAAAGUAAUGUGCAAUAUCUUA